AUGGCCGCCGCCGCCGCCCCUCCCGCCGCGCCCACCGCGACAAGUCGUCCCCCGGGGACGUAUUUCCCUCUGGGAUACAAGGAUGCCGUCUACCAAUGGUGGAGCAGCGUAACUCCCCAGAUGGCGGAGCGAAACGUCCUCAGUCACAUCCCCUACCUUAAAGAAGCCCGUGAAAAUGCCUCUCUCGAUUCCGAUAAAUCCGACCCCUUCGGCCCGCGAGUGUGGAAGUCGCAGAUGGUCGAGCUCUCCGGAAAGAACCGGGCCUUGAACGAGUACUCCGUCGAGCGUGUUGGCGAGGAAGUCGACAACAACCUCGUUAUCCUUCACGGGUACGGUGCAGGGCUUGGCUUUUUCUACAAGAACUUUGAGCCGCUCUCCCGGCCAAAAGGCUGGAAGCUCUACGCUCUGGAUAUGCUCGGCAUGGGCAACUCCACAAGACCGCCUUUCAAGGUCACCGCCAAGGACCAGGAGGGUAAGACGGCCGAGGCUGAGGCCUGGUUCAUUGAUGCACUCGAGGAGUGGCGGAAGAAGCGCAACAUCGACAAGUUUACCCUUAUCGGCCACUCUCUCGGAGGGUACCUCUCUGUAGCGUACGCGCUGAAGUACCCCGGUCACCUCAAGAAACUCAUCCUCGCUUCGCCCGUCGGGAUCCCCGAGGACCCGUACGCUGUCAACGCGGCCAUGCCCGAGCCCGAAGAAUCAACAUUGCAAAACGAGUUUACACAAGACCAGAACACUGUCACGAACGACGACCGAAACUCCAUCACAUCUCGCGCCAGCAAGAACGGCGCGAAAAACUCCAGCAAUGCGCCGAAGCGUCCCCUACCAGGCUGGCUCGUCUGGCUGUGGGACGCCAACGUCUCCCCCUUCAGCAUCGUUCGUUUCACCGGCCCCCUCGGCCCGCGGUUCGUCUCCGGUUGGACCUCGCGCCGCUUCAACCACCUCCCCCAAGCCGAGUCGCAAGCUCUGCACGACUACGCCUUCUCCAUCUUCCGCCAGAGGGGCAGUGGCGAGUACGCGCUGCCGUACAUCCUUGCCCCGGGAGCGUUCGCCCGCAGCCCCAUGGUCAAUAGGAUAGACGGCGUUGGUCGGCAGAUUAUUGAGAAGAACGGCGAGAAGCUCAAGGAGACAGGCAUCCCCGUCAUCAUGAUGUAUGGCGAGAACGACUGGAUGGACGUCGCCGGUGGAUACGCUGCGCAGGAGAAGCUUAAGCAGGCGAAACUGCAAGCGCUUCUCAAGGGAACGGAAGAAGAGAAGAGGAGAGAGAAUGGGUCCGCCAAGGUACUCAUUGUACAAAAGGCCGGGCACCACCUAUACCUCGACAACGCCGAUCAGUUUAACGAUUUCAUAUUGAAAGAGAUGGAAGAAACACAGAGCAGCAAGCUGUAG